AUGGGUUACGGCCGCCUGCUGCUUUUCCCGGGGAGCACUACUGUUGCUGAGAAUGAUUCCAGCUCCAGCAGUGACAUGUCAUCUCAGGUACGUGUCAUCUCUCGUCUGCCGUCUCCCGCCAUCCAUCUCCCGCCUUCCAACUCCCGCCUUCCAUCUCCCGCCUUCCAUCUCUCGCUUUCCAUUUCCUGCCUUCUAUCUCUCGCUUUCCAUCUCAUGUCAGCGGUCUUCUUUAUCGAGUCUCUGCCUGACUUACUUUGUUUAUCUUCGGCCACGGGCAAGGGGGCGGAGCAGGCUCAACAGCACGAGGUGCUGGGGUGGAAGUUUGAAGUUGGAGAGGCGGAGGAUCCGCUUCCGUUUUGGGCGGCCAACUCGUUCUCCUUCCCCUACAUCACGCCAGCCACUCCCCUGCUGACACGUGGCAGCACCAGGAAGCGCUUCUUCGCCGCCGACCUCUCCAUCGCUGCUGCUGACGUGUUCGUUGGGUUCACAAGCGCUGCUCUUAUUCCUGACCCCGGCCGCCUGCCUUCCCCCGUCGCCCUCUCCUCCUGGGCCUUCCGAUUCACAGACACCGAUCCCUGCAAAGGUUCUCCAGUGCUGCCCUGUGGCAUGGGUGCAUGCACCAAGGCACCUGCCCCGUGGGACCCGUCUGUCCUCCUGCCCUCCUGCAAGUGCCCCUUCAAUCUCCCCUCCUUCCAACCUUCUUUCCUCUCCGGCCUGCCCUCCUGCUUCCCUGAUUCCUUCACGUGUCGCCAGUUCCCCCGCAAUCCAUGUGCCCCGGGGGUGUGCAUUGAUGACGUAGACGGCAGCUACUCCUGCCUCUGCACCUCGCCCUUCUUCCCCUUGAUCUUUCCCGCAAAAGGCACCGCCCGCUGUUCCCUCU